AUGAAUACAUUAAAUAGGAAUGAGCUAAAAAUGCUUGCAAGUAGAACUAUAGCCACAGUUGAAAUUCCGCCGCUAACUAGGCCAUGGUUUACUGAGGAGUAUGAAAUAACAAACACCAAGCCAGAAGAAAAUCUAGAAAUAAAGCAAGAAGAAGUAUCAGGUGUUAUUGUAAUUAAAAAUAACAAAAUACCGUUAGAUUACAGCAAGUGUACGCCGGAUUAUCCGCACAUAUCAUUUGAACCGGACAACUUCCAGAAGCAAUGUUUUUACUAUAUUAACAAAAGUCAGAGCAUAUUUGUAACAGCCCAUACAAGCUCUGGUAAGACCCUUAUAGCAGAGUAUGCAAGUUACAUAGCAGAACUACACGAUACACGAAUGAUAUAUACGUCUCCAAUUAAAGCGCUAAGCAAUCAGAAAUACAGGGAAUUUUCUCAGAAGUUUAGCAGUGUGGGAAUAUUAACUGGGGAUGCGCAGAUUAACAGCACUGCCAAGUGUCUAGUUAUGACAACAGAGAUACUAAGAAAUAUGCUUUACAGAGGAAGUACGAUACUUGAUGACGUUGAGUUUAUUGUUUUUGAUGAAAUACACUAUCUUGGGGACAAAGAAAGAGGAGUUGUUUGGGAAGAAGUUAUAAUUAUGCUGCCCAGACAUAUUAGUCUUAUUUUUCUGAGUGCUACCAGCCCAAAUGCAAAAGAUAUGUGUGGAUGGAUAAGUACAAUAAAAAACAAAGAGAUGUAUCUUAUAGGAACAGAAAAAAGAGCGGUAGAGCUGGAGCAUGGGAUCUAUUUCCGAAAGGAGCUGUACAUGCUCACACAAAACCAUAAAUUUAAUCAGGAGGAGUAUUUAAAAGCAAAAAAUAAGGGAGCCGUUGAGAUAUUUAAAGAAAAACAGCGAACUAUACCAGCACUACAGAAAAAAACGGUCGAGGCAAAGAAAAAGGCACCAACUAUCUUAGAGACGCCCAUUCAUAUAGCAAGAGACUUAAUACAGAGAAACUUGGCGCCGAUUGUAUUUUUCGACUUUUCAAAGUCCCGUAUAGAGCAGUCAUUUUCCAUGUGCGACUCGCUUGAUCUGACAACAGCAGAGGAGAAGUCGCUAAUAAGAGGGUUUAUAUCAGAUGCUCUUCUAAAGUUGCCUAAAGCAGACAGAGCUCUUCCGCAGAUAACAUUUGUGAUCCCAAGUCUAAUUAGAGGAGUAGGCAUGCAUCACUCUGGGCUGCUUCCUAUUCUUAAAGAAAUUAUAGAAAUGCUUUUUACAACGGGCGCCCUGCGUGUUUUGUUCUCAACAGAAACACUUGCAAUGGGGCUAAACAUGCCUGCACGUACCGUUGUAAUUCGAACUACAAAAAAGUAUAGCCCAGAAACAAGAUCGUAUGUAGACAUUAGCGUGGGUGAAUACACACAAAUGGCAGGAAGGGCUGGAAGAAGAGGAUAUGAUAUAAAAGGAACAUCAAUCAUCGAAUGUUCUGGUCAGGAAAUACUACCAGAGUCACUUCUUGUAAAGCUACAAACAGGAACUUCAAUGGCAAUAGAAAGCAACUUCUAUAUUACAGCCAGAAUGAUCCUCAAGCUGCUUAGAGUUAAAAGUGUAUCCAUUGAAGAAAUGGUGAGAUUUAGUUUUGGAAAGUCUAAGAUAGAGCAAAAAAUACGUAAAUUAAUACACCACCAGAUCGCACUAAAAACAGAAUUACUCCACUCUGUUAUGUCAUGUGAACAGUGCACAGAUGCCUUGGUGUAUGUAGAAAAAUACCAGAAAGCCCUAGGCCACUUAGAAGAAGUAUAUAAGUCCAUUCAACUACCUAAAACCCAUAACUAUACUAUAGUUCAAACAGAAUUAAAGAAGAUUCUAAGUACUACUCCCCACUAUAUGAUAGAGGCAGUCCAAAGAGAAGCGCCUGAAAAUGAAUCCAUUCAGGACAUUCGGCCUAUUUUAGUGCUUGACAAGGAAUCAAAGAAGCCGGCGGCAAUUCCCACAAAAGACUUUAAGCUGCACAAAGCACAAUCAGAUGCAAUCGCAGAGUGGAAUUAUUUAGAGGGAUUUAAAUGUCUUCAGUGCAGCAACUUCCUGGAUCACUACCCAGGAUACUUAAAAGAAUACUUGCUGAGGUCAGAGAUAGAAAAUAUCGAUAGGCAGUUUGCAUCAACAAAUACCUCAGGGUUAAAGUGCAACAACUACUUUAACUACAUUAUUUUCUUACGAACUCUAGGAUAUAUAGAUGGACUAAAUAAUAUUACAUUAAAAGGGAAAAUUGCAUAUGAAUUUAAUUCUAUAGAGUGCGUGCUUACAACAGAGGUUCUUCUUUCUCCGCAAAUUGCUAAUAUGAAGACACAUGAGCUUAUAAUAGGGCUGGUUGGGCUGACCUUCUUUGAAAAGCACCAGCUAAAAGAAGAGGCAGAACAUCCAAGAGAAGAGCCGCGCACAGAGCAGAUAAAGAUUCUCAUGCCUUCUCUAUUAAUAAUAAAUGAGAUAGUAUCUGAACUAAAGCCAGUAUACAGAGCAUAUAGAAUAAAAAUGGAGAAUCCAAACCAUGCAUUCUGCGGGGAGCUGGCGCUCUGGCUUAACGAUAAAACACUAGCAGAGAUAAUUGAUGCCUCCCCACUUUCGGAAGGGGUCAUUGUAAAGUAUAUUCGAAAAGCAACUGAAAUCUGCACAGAAUUAAUAAUAGCAGCCAGAAUACUUGGAAAUCCAAGGUUAUCCCAAGAAGUUGAGGCAGUAAAUGAAAAACUAAAAAGAGGAAUUGUUUUCACUCCUAGCUUAUACUACGGAUAGAAACAGGCAUGCUCUCUACCAGACAGAUCCAAUAAAUAC